AUGCCUGAACUAGGAUUAACACUCAAAAAUGCACCACUAUUCACCAACUGCAUGACAUGGUCAAAACAUGGUCAAGCUGCCAUCACAGUAUCCAACGACAUACAUAUUGUCACUCCAUCACUCACGGAGAAAGACUGCAUGGCUCUUACUUCGCUCACUAUAAACCAUCUUACUUUAAAUAUUCCUUCAGUACCGAGAGGAUUGGUUGCAAGUCAACCCAUUCCCAUGAUUUCACCUGCUAGUUGCCAAGACGUCAUUGGAAAACAGACUCAUAGAGGAUUGAUGCUCAACUACUCUUUGCCUGAAUCGUUUCGUUGUGCAGUGUGGUCACCACUCGGACUAUCAAAAACUUUUACGCAAGUAAAUUGCUAUUUGACAACUUACGAGUUGAUUGCGGAUUCAAUCUAUUCCUUGUCUGGGUUUUUGUUGAUGUGUCUGCUAUUGGUAGUAACUACGCAUUUUCGGGUAUCGCUUGUUCAAGCAAUAAAUGAUCCUGCAACGGGCGAGUGGGCGUGUGCUGCAGAUAUGUCAGAGACUGUUACAAAGUACUAUACUGAAAAAUGUCCCGAUAUAGCUGUUUUACAUGUUCAAACAAUUUCUGCAAGUUGGUCUGAUCGUGUCGGUCCUCAAAACGUAUCAUUUAUUGCAUUGGGAAGUGAAAGUGGAGCAGUAUCUGUAUGGAGGUUUGAUUCACUUGACGAGAUUAAUCCAUGUUUAUGGUUUCAAGCAUGCAAAUCUCGUAUAACGACUACAGAAUUUUCUCAAUGGAUCGAAUCAGCACACAAUUCAUCCAUUGUACAACUUGCAACAUCGACAGUGGAUGGAAGUGUGCACAUACAUCAAAUUCAAUAUGAACACGAUACAAAAGAAAUAAUUUUACUUGGUAGCAGAUGUGUGCUAGAUCCUGGUUCCGGGCUAGUUACAGUCUGUCGGUUUUCUCCUUUUGUAGAUAAAAAGUCGUUUUUACUCAUGGUUGGCCGAGGACGAUGGAUUCAUUUGUGUACUUUGGAUCAGGCGUCUACCUCUCUACUACUCCCUACAUGGGAAUCCAUAUCCAGCAUUAUAUGGACUCGCGACCCAAGCUAUCUCCGUAUCUAUACUACAGAUGGAAAAUGUAUUGCUGUAUCUAUUGUACAAUCUGAUAUUGAUUUGAAAUUAACACCUACAAUCGUUCAAGACCACUCCCAUGCACUGCUCCUUGAAUCUUUUCCCUAUGUUCAAAAAGUAUCAAAUGACGUUGAAACUAUGGUUGAGCACUCCAAAGCAUCACAUAUUGAAAACACCGAUAUAAACAAUGAUGAUGACGACAUGAGCCAAUUUUCAGAGGAUUUGCCAAUGGGUAGUCUUACCGAUCGAUUGAGACUGCAGGUAUUCGGUGCAGCACACUCUAUGUAUGGAUAUCAAGAUAUCGUGUUGAUUAUUUGCGAUGCUCGUAUUUCACAAUUGUACAAGACUGACACUCGUUCCAUAUCAAAUGCUAUAAUCUGGACACCUCCUGAUACCUUUUUUCAAAAUCGUCCAAUUCAAGUCACGCCCGAGUCUAUUGCAAUGCUUGUAGAUCCUAAGCAAUUCGAAAUAUCAACACCACAGUGUAAAGCAUGGGGAAUGAUACAAGAAACGAUAGGUGAAGGUGUCAAAAUGCUAACACUAUCAGACUCUCUUGGUUUUUUUUCGAUUAUUCAAUACCUGGAAAGUACUUAUAUAAUGGCUGAUCAUCCAACAAUAGAUGGCAUAGAAUCAUUGUUUAAUGAUCCAGGAAUAAACGCACUUCGAGCCAUUGUAAACAUAUUGAGUAGCACGUCUCAACUAUGGAUGAUUUCUCCUGACGCAGAAAGCAUUAAUGAAUCACUGGUUGCCAAAAUCCACACACUAUGUGGACACUACAUUCAAAGUUUUGCCAUAUCCACUAAAUUCCUGUACGACCAGUUGACAGAUGUGGAUAUCCAGCUUGCUCGCCAUAUUUUCAAAGUGGCAGUUAGCUUUGCACAUGAUAGUCAAGCCGAAAAUACUGUAUCGUCGACUUCAAAUACGAUUGACAUAUUCAAAUUAGUUUUAGGUGAUGAUGUAAGCACUGAUGAUGAUUUGAAAGCAGGAUUGGUAGAAGCAUGUCCAGCUUGUGAAAGUCCUAUACCUGUCGAUGAUACUGCCAUUAGUCAACCAUGCGUAAAUGGGCAUGCAUGGGGACGAUGUGCAUUGACGUUCAAGCUGAUUGGUACACCGAAUAUUAUAUCGUGUUUGGGAUGCAAGCGUGGACAGCUUUGGUUGGACCCAGAAAAAGGACCGUUACAUGCAGCUAUUCAUUCGAUUGAAAUGUGUAUUUACUGUGGCGAUCGAUUUCGUGGACCUAAUCUUGCAUUAAUUUAA